CUGUAACUCUCUUAUUCUCAUUCUCUCGCUCUAUAUUCGACUCAUACAUUUUCUUUGAAAAAGCACAAUGGUCGCCGAAAUCAUAACCACCAUUUCUCCUACAACCAACGAACCAAUCCUCACCCGCCAUGGUCUUGCUCCAGACGAGAUCCUCCGCCUGGGCACCACCGCCCAAAAGGCAUUCAAAUCCUACAGAAAGUCCCAUCCCACCCUUGAAUCUCGCCAGAAAAUCGUAACAAAAGCACUCGCCAUUCUUUCGGAACGGCAAGAUGCACUGGCCGCCGAGCUCACUGAACAAAUGGGUCGGCCCAUUUCCUACACCGCAAAGGAAAUAACCACGGCCAUCAAGCGAGCGGAGUACAUGAACCGCAUUGCCCCCGAAGUCUUGGGCAAGGACACACCCGGUGAGGCCGAGACGGGAUUUACUCGAUACAUCCGUAAAGAGCCCGUCGGCGUCGUCCUGGUCAUCUUCGCCUGGAACUACCCUUACCUCAUCCUCGUCAACUCCUUGAUCCCGGCCCUCCUCGCAGGCAACACGGUCAUCCUCAAGCCUUCUCCGCAGACACCUACGAUCGUUGAACACAUCCUCGACAUUUUCACCGAGGCAGGGCUGCCGAGCCACGUGAUCCAGUAUCUACACUGUGGCAGCCCGACGGACUUGAAGCCGCUGAUCCUCAGUCCGGACGUCAACCACAUCUGCUUCACGGGCAGCGUGGCGGCGGGCAUAGCGAUACAGCAGAUUGCAAGUUCGCGGGUGUCGUGUUCGGUGGGCUUGGAACUAGGCGGGAAAGAUCCCGCGUACGUCAGACCCGACGUGGAUGUCGCCUGGGCGGCGGAGGAGAUUGUGGACGGCGCCAUUUUCAACUCGGGACAGUCCUGCUGUGCCCUCGAGCGAAUCUACGUGCACGAGAAGGUCUACGAUUCCUUCGUCGCCGAGGUCAAGAAAGUCCUGAGCGGGUACAAGCUGGGAGAUCCCAAGGACAAGACCACGCACGUGGGGCCCGUCGUGUCCGCCCGUGCAAAGGAGGCAAUCCUCAAACAGGUCUCCGACGCCAUCCAUGCGGGGGCAAAGGACGAGACCCCCGACAAUGCGACUUUCAAGAAUGCUCCAAAGGAGGGAAACUUUGUGGCUCCCGUGCUGUUGACGCAUGUGAACCACAGUAUGAGCGUGAUGAAGGACGAAACUUUUGGUCCUGUCAUUCCGGUACAGAGUGUCGGCGGUGACGACGAGGCCGUGUCCUUGAUGAACGACAGUCAAUUCGGGUUGACGGCGAGCAUUUGGACCAAGGACGUCCAAAGGGGUCAAGAAUUGACGGAGCUGGUCGAGGCAGGGACCGUGUUUGUCAAUCGCGCGGAUUAUCCCAGCCCCGACCUGGCCUGGACGGGCUGGAAGGACAGUGGAAAGGGCGUGACUUUGUCGAGGUUUGGAUUUGACCAGUUUGUCAAGUUGAAGAGUGUACAUUUGAAGGAUUAUCCGAAAUGAGAUCGACACGAGUAUGAGUAUGAUAUCGGAGCGGAGCCCCGGCGGCGGCGGCGGCGGCGGCAGUUACAACCACGACUUCUGAGCAUUGGUAGCGAGGAUGCGAUGCAUUAGGUUGAUACAGACCAAGGAAUCUGUACUAGGGCAUAUUACUAUGAAACAAUAGUGCAACAAUUUUUGGGCGGGUGGACAUAGACAAAAGCCAUGAAGAAAGGAAAAUGAUCAGUUCCUCGACCAUAGUACCAAAGUCCGUACUCGGCGAGUAUAGUAUAAGAGUAUAGCAAAGAACAUGUCCGACUUAAAA